AUUUUGGGCUGCAUCUUCCGCCAUGACCCGCGUGGCAGCUUGCCAGCCAUCGCUCCAAAAGCGCCGCGCGCAAAGCUCCAAAAGCCGCUGGGAGUCGAAUAAGAAGACUCCAAUUUUGAACGAGGCCAUCGCCUCCUUGUUGCGUGCUCGCUCCGUGCCUGCGCUCGGAAGGGAGCACGGCAUCGUUUCGCCCAUGUCUCCGCGCAGUCCAUGCGACACUGAGCCCAGGUGGCAAAAACAUGCCUCACGAUUGAAGCAAAUGCUUGCGGAGACAGACUGCGAGCUGGUCGCGGAGAAUACGUUCAUCUCUGUGUCUCCCAACGGGGAAUGCAAGACGCAGUCGCAUCGCAGCCGCAGCAUGCCCGCUGAGGUGGACGAUGGUCGUGACAAGCGUGCAGCACGCAGCGGGACAGCCACGCCAGAACCCUGGGAGCGUGUGGAGUCGCAGGACCAGAGCUUCACCCCCUAUGCACAGGAAGGGCAUGGCUUUCCCAUGCAGGGCGUACACUGCGUGCAACUGACCACGUCGGACUCAAGUGAUCUCGUGCGUUGGUUGAUGGAGAACGCUGUGAGUUCUGCCACGCGCAUUGCUGCACUGGAGGAGCGUGUGGCCCAUUUGGAGCUUUUGAAUACUCAACUUCAUGCGGCGGCCUAUCUUCACAACUGGAGAGAUCAUCACUGAUCGGCAGUGCAAGGCAAGAGCUGGCGAAUGAGCAGCGGCCAGCCGCUGAGUUACAGCAGCCUAGUUACAGCAGCCUGAAUACUCUCGAGUGCGUGGAAAUUGUCAUUUG